AUGCUAUUCCCAAUUUACUUUGCUGUUUUUAUUAUCAUGAUACUCAUUGUAGGUCUGGCAGUCAAUGCCUUCAUCACCAUUUGUAACAUGAAAUCCUGGUCGAGAGAAAGAAAAUUCAAGCCUAGUGAUAAAAUCUUAACAGCCUUGUGCUUCAUCAGGUUCUUCUUGCAAUGUGACUUCAUGAUGGAAAUCUUUGGAAUGUGGCUGGAAUUUAUUCCCCUGUCGGAGUAUAAACCUCGCUGCAUCUUUUACUUUAUCCAGGUGUUCAUGGACUUCUUUAGUCGCUGGCUAGGUGCUUGGCUCUCCAUGUUGUACUAUGUCAAGAUCACUAUCUUUAAAAAUGCUUUCUUCCUACAGCUGCAGACUCUGAUCCCCCGAAUUACAGGGUAUGUGAUCUUUAUAUCCGUCUUCAUUUCCUUUGCACCAGGACUGAUUUAUGCUCUGAGUGCUAAACAGGGAUUCUGUAUUAAUGCCAAAGGUGUCAAUGUGACAACAAACAUAACAAGUGAUUUACUGACUUUUCGUGUCAUCUCAUUUUUCUUUGGCCACAGCUUGCCCUUCAUGCUAGAGAUGCUUUCGUCCAUAUAUCUCCUCUGCACUCUGCUUGUCCACAUCAGACACACCAAAUCCUAUGUUUCCAACUUCACAGAACCCAACAUGGAUGCCCAUUGGGCUGUUUUUAGGUACAUUCUUCUACUGAACCUCAUGUCAAUGUGCAACUUCUUUGGUAACUUUUUCCUCUGGUCGUUCAUUUCUGAUUAUAUUGGAAGAGGCAUUGGCUACUUUCUAGCGUUCUCUUAUCCUACUUCCCAUUCAAUAGUUCUCAUACUGUCCAACCCAAAGCUGAGAAGAGAAAUAGUCAACAUGUUCCAUUGUGCAACUAAUCUCUGGCGCUUCAGCAAGCAAGAUUCAGAGACUGUUACCCAAUAAUUGUUAUUUUAAGUGUGAUAUUUCAUGACAUUGACAAUUAAGCCUAGUUUUGGGAUCAAGCUGGUGGGGAUCUUUCUGUAUUGAAGCCAAAUAACACAUAUUGCUACCCAUUGAUAAAGAGAGAAUUUGCUGUGCAACUGAUGGAAUAAAGCAUUGAUUGAUGGCCUGGGAAAGUCUCACCGCCUGCUAAACUUCUAGCCUGACCCCAGCCUAAAUGAUGCAGAUGGCAUGUAGUGUGUCCUCAUUAGAGCAAGCUCUUCCAAUUCAUGACUCUAUUGGCUGUGUGCCUUAUCCUACGCUUGC